CCACCUAAUUUAGUUUUGAAUGUUCCAAGUUAAUUAAACAUAAUGAUUAAAUGCACUUAUGUGUCCCACUUGUCAAUUGUGCAUAAGUGAUUCUUUUUGCACAAAAUUUCCCUUCAAAGCUUUGUCAUUGUGUCCUACAAUGAAAGCUUCAAAGCAACAUAGAGGAUACAAGGCCUUGUGUUGUAGUAAUAGAUUUAGUAUUUCUUCUUCGGAGGAAGCAGAGAGUUCUUCUGCCUCUAGUAGGUUCCAUUCUGUUUCAACACUAGCACAUGCCAUGGUACAAGAGAAACUUGACCAAAUGAUAAGAGAAAAAGUUGAAGCUAGACAUGUAGAUAGAAAAAGGGAGAAGAGAAGGGAAGAAACUAAGUUUGUUGUAAUGUUGGCAAUGGAAAAGUGUUCUUAUGAUCCUAGAGAGGAUUUUAUGGAGUCCAUGACAGAGAUGAUAACUGUGAAUCGUCUUCAAGAUGCGAAAGAUCUUCGUAGUUUAUUGAACUAUUAUAUUUCAAUGAAUUCAGAAGAAUAUCAUAGUCUUAUACUUGACGUAUUUCACGAGGUUUGUAGUUAUUUGUUUUUAACAUGUAAAUGUCAAUGGUAACAAAUGCGAAAUUGCCAACUAUUUCAUGCACAAAAAGCACAAGUAUUUGUUUGGCUUUA